CCCCCGCCCCCUGCCUCCCCUUUACCUAAGCCGGCAGCUCCUUGGCCCACUCUGGUCCCGCGGUCGGCGGAGCGGGCGCGCGCGCAGGGGGUCGCGCGGCUGCUGAGAAGGGCGAGCGCGCGCCGGGAGGGAGUGGAGGCGUAGGGGGGCGGGGAUACGGCUCGUUUGCUCGCAAGAUGGCGGACGAGGACGGGGAAGGGAUUCACCCCUCAGCCCCUCACAGGAACGGAGGUGGUGGCGGCGGUGGGGGGUCUGGGCUCCACUGCGCCGGGAACGGCGGCGGCGGAGGCGCCGGCCCGCGGGUCGUGCGCAUCGUCAAGUCCGAGUCCGGCUACGGCUUCAACGUGCGGGGCCAAGUGAGCGAGGGCGGGCAGCUGCGGAGCAUCAACGGGGAGCUGUACGCGCCGCUGCAGCAUGUGAGCGCGGUGCUGCCCGGGGGGGCGGCCGAUCGUGCCGGGGUGCGCAAGGGGGACCGCAUUCUGGAGGUGAACGGCGUGAAUGUUGAGGGGGCGACACACAAGCAGGUGGUGGACCUGAUCCGAGCAGGCGAGAAGGAAUUGAUCUUGACAGUGUUAUCUGUGCCUCCUCAUGAGGCAGAUAACCUAGAUCCCAGUGACGACUCGUUGGGACAAUCAUUUUAUGAUUACACAGAAAAGCAAGCAGUGCCCAUAUCGGUCCCCACAUACAAACAUGUGGAGCAGAAUGGUGAGAAGUUUGUGGUGUACAACGUUUACAUGGCAGGGAGACAGCUGUGUUCUAAGCGGUACCGGGAGUUUGCCAUCCUCCACCAGAAUCUGAAGCGAGAGUUUGCCAACUUCACCUUCCCCCGACUCCCAGGGAAGUGGCCGUUCUCUUUAUCAGAGCAGCAGUUAGACGCCCGACGGCGGGGCUUGGAAGAAUAUCUAGAAAAAGUGUGCUCCAUCCGAGUCAUUGGCGAGAGUGACAUCAUGCAGGAGUUCCUUUCGGAGUCCGACGAGAACUACAAUGGUGUGUCUGACGUCGAGCUGAGAGUAGCAUUACCAGAUGGGACAACAGUUACAGUUAGGGUGAAAAAGAACAGUACUACAGACCAAGUAUAUCAGGCUAUUGCAGCAAAGGUCGGCAUGGACAGUACGACAGUGAAUUACUUUGCCUUAUUUGAAGUGAUCAAUCAUUCCUUUGUACGUAAGUUGGCACCUAAUGAAUUUCCUCAUAAACUGUACGUCCAGAAUUACACAUCAGCUGUGCCAGGCACCUGCCUGACCAUUCGAAAGUGGCUUUUUACGACAGAAGAAGAAAUCCUCUUAAAUGACAAUGACCUUGCUGUUACCUACUUCUUUCAUCAGGCUGUCGAUGACGUGAAGAAAGGUUACAUCAAAGCAGAGGAAAAGUCCUACCAAUUACAGAAGCUGUAUGAACAAAGAAAAAUGGUCAUGUACCUCAACAUGCUAAGAACGUGUGAGGGCUACAAUGAAAUCCUCUUCCCCCACUGUGCCUGUGACUCCAGGAGGAAGGGGCACGUCAUCACAGCCAUCAGCAUCACGCACUUUAAACUGCACGCCUGCACUGAAGACGGACAGCUGGAGAACCAGGUCAUAGCAUUUGAAUGGGAUGAGAUGCAGCGAUGGGAUACAGAUGAGGAAGGAAUGGCCUUCUGCUUCGAAUAUGCCCGGGGAGAGAAGAAGCCGCGAUGGGUUAAAAUCUUCACACCAUACUUCAAUUACAUGCAUGAAUGCUUCGAGAGGGUGUUCUGUGAGCUCAAGUGGAGAAAAGAGAAUAUUUUCCAGAUGGCGAGGUCACAGCAGAGGGACAUGGCCACCUAGCCUUUCCUUCUCCCCUUCCCUUCUCUUCACCUUCACCCUCUUAUCCCUUUCGUCUCCCAUGCCAGACAGAGUAACCAUUAACACAAAAGAAGAGAAAAAGGAAAAAAGUCAUUAUAUUCAAAAGCCCUAAACUAAAUAUUAUUAAUAAUCCCUCUGAAUUUCGUGUCUCUGGAAUUGAGCCGGUAGAAAACAGCAGGUUGGUCAGCACGAGGAGUCACUGAGUUAAGACAGGAAAAGAAACAAGCCCAACCGAGUCGCCAAAGGUAUCUCGUCCCUUGGCCCGGGCCUCACACCAACAGACUCUCCUUCCUUGUACUAUAUUUUUAAAACUGGAACUAUGAACUCCAUCCAUUUGCACUGUUCAGACAUAUAUAUAUAUGUAUGUAAAAAUUAUAUAUACACAAAUUAGCUGCACGUAUAUACAUAUAUAUAUUUCUUUUUAAAUUUCAUAUUGAUGGCAGUACCUUUUUUAGCUUGUGUUUUUACACACCUUUCACUAAAAUUCAUGACUUCUCUCUUGCUCUCUUUAUUUUGAAACAAACUUUAAAAAGGAAAAAAAAAUAUUUUACAGGGAAAAUACCUCUCCUCGUGAAGGACUCGAAAAGUUUACAACCUGCUUGGGUUUUUUUGCCCCUUUUUUGUGUUGAGUGAAGAUUCUGGCUCAUGGGUUACCACAGAGUCUGAGGAGCAAGGAGCAUAGUUUCUUUAUCUUCCAAGAGGCUGUUGGGGAGGAGAAAGAGACGUGUCUCGGGCAGCAAGGCUUCGGGCUGCAGGAGAGUCUGAAGACCUGGUGUGGUCUCCUGAUUCCCAGACAGUUUCCUGGUCGGUCGUCUCUCUCCCACUUAAGGCUUUCUAGCCACAUUCCACAUCUUCCUGCUUCCCUCGGGGGCCCCAUCCAUGGAUGCCUUCCCUUAGCCUGCCUGGAAUGGGGGAGGGUGGGCCCAGGAGGUUGGUGCCACAGGAACCGGAAACACUUCAUGGUCAUAAUUUCCUAUGUCCCUGCCUUUCCUGAUGCAGGGACGGUACUGGGGACCAGAGCGAGGUAAAGCUGAUACCUUUAGGCACAGAUUGGACGUAGACGGGAAAGGCAGGCUCAGAUGCCCUGUGUCCCUAAGCUUUUCCCCACGCACUUCCUGACCACUCGCCAGCCAUAACCGUUACGUCCUCUGUGACUUCCUAAACAGCUCUGUGGGGAGGCAUCUGUCGGUAUCCCCACGGGCUGGGCGAAACGUGGAGAGGCCCAGUGGUCUGCGCCGACCCAGCCAGAGCCCAUCCAAGCUGGCUGAGGACUCGGGAAGGAGCAGUAGCGACACGGUUGAUUUGGGCUGGAUCUCAACUUUCAGUUAAAGGGCGCUGAAGGAAAGACGUUUUGUCCCUCGAGAGCCCCUCGCGUGACCUUGUGGUCAGACUUUUGGAGACCGGAGCCCAGGCUCCGGGGCCGGGCUGGCAUUCUCAGCCUCCUUUUCUUUUUCCUUUUCCACCUUCGAAACAAAACCCUCUGUAGGGCGGCCUCUUGGGCUUUGUCUAACUGGGAGGCAACCGCAGUGGGUUGUAGUCAGCUCCACUGAGCAGUGUUGGGUGGUUCGAAGUCUCUUUUUUUUUGUAACUCGUUUUUGCAGGUCAUCAUGAGGCCACUUUUCUUUCUGUCUCACUCUGUCACCCUGGCAGCCGUUGGCCCCAGGGAAUGUAGGAUUGUAUAGGAUGUGCUGUCUUCUCCCCUCUCUGCAAAACCAUGUGGAAUCAGUGCAAAGUGUCAGAAUGCUGAAUGUUUCCAGUUGCAGAGAAUGACCCUUGACUUGAAGGCUUUGACACGAGAUUAACUUCUUUUGGCCUAAAUGAAUUUAAUAAUGAGCCACAGGACCCUGGAAAGAAGAUAUGUUGAUUUCUCACUCCAAGAUGCUAAAGAGGCUUUUGACACCACCUUUGCCCUCAGAGUGGGGUAGGAGUGAACGGUGCAGGAGGCCAUGGACAGUGCGGAUGCUGCCCUCCGGAUACGAGGCCUAGUGGGGAGGCCCGUAGGGUGGAGGCCCUCAGAGAGGGUGCACGCUGCUCCACCCUUUCUGGGUAGAAUUCAAUGGGUGCUUUGGAGACUGGGUGAAGGCCCCAUAGGUGGGUGGCCUCUUGGCAUAAUCUGCAGGAACAGCCCCAGGGAGGGGCUGGACCACUGACAAGGCACUCAGCUGCAGCAAGGAGGGGGUGCGGGGAGGCCCUGGAGGACCACGGGCCUCCACGUGGCUGGAGCUGAGGGUCAGGCUGUUGGCAUGGAGCAGCCCGUGUGUUACUCCUCCCCCUGGCCCACAUUUCCUGCCCUGAGCCCUGCUGCCUGCCUUGGUCCUGGGUUCUGCCCCCGGAGGCUUCUGUUGCAGUUUAUCUCUGGGAGACAGAAGGGCCCCCCUUUCCCCCUGCUUUGCCCCAGCAGAGCCUGCAGGCUCUUCCUGGUAUCCGUUGUCCUCCCCUCCACACUCAGUUUCUGCCCUCUUUGGGAAACGCUCCGAGUUUUUUAUGGAUCAGGAGAAAACACAGAUCCCUGCAGAAAGGUUUCCUCGGGCCACGCUCGGGGUCUCUGCCCUUUCUAGUUUUCUCCUGCUCUCCGUUUUUCUCCUCCCCUGGCCCUAGGCCUGAGCUCCGCACAGGUGAGUGCCCAGAGAAGCCCCGCGCCUGGCCCAGGUGGUUCCAUCCUUUAGCCACCCAGUAGCUCUGGGUCACUCCCCUGGAGCCCCAGACCCAGUGCUGGGAGCAGCCAUGCUGGGCACUGGCAGGAAGUGACAUGUCUCAUCUCAGAAUUUGCCAACUGAUGGCCAGGCUCCGAGGACACAGUUUCCUUAAAGGGGACGGCAUUCUGGUUGGCCGGAAGCCCCCAGACCUGGUGGGACCACUGCCCCCUCCCUCUUGCCACCCAUCGUGCUUCGGCUGGACUGACUCGGCAGUAGAAACCAUUUGGUCUGUGGGACUCCAGCGCGCUGCCUGGUUCCUUCACCAGAUUCAUGUCACAUUGGCGUCCUUUCGAGGGGUACUUACUCAGAGACCUUGGAGGCGGUGGCUGGCCUCAGCGCCCCGGCUGCCCGCCUCCUGUCUUCCUCACCUAAACCUGAGCACGUCGUGCGGGCCCCGCUCACACUACGACGACAUCAGCUCUGUCCAAGCGAUAAUCUCAGGUGUGUGGGAAGCUUAGGGCUCGGGGUCGGCAUUAAAGGGGGGAGGGACAUGGGGAAGGCAUUUGGCCGACGGCUGACCUUGGACUCCAGUUUUAUAUCCUGUCCCCUUUUUGAGCCAGUGAGAUGGGCUUCAGUUUUCCCCAGGCCAUGCACACUUUUAAUUUAUUUGAGAGAAACUCUAAUUGUAUUUUCACUGCAGUAUCUUGUAUUUUUUAUUUGUGAUUUAAGAAAUGUGAAGAGAAAAUAUGCAGACACAUAAUGGCUAACAGUGUUUCUUUCAUUCCUUGUUCUAGAGCUAACCACUCUAAAAUUGUUUGGUAAUGUCACUUAGUGUAAUUAAUUGUAACAUAUUCUUUUAAAUAAAUUGAUUUAUUGAUGAAACUAUU